AUGCAGUUCCUCAAGUUUGGCCUGGUGCCUUUGUUGGCCGCUCUUCCCGGCGCUCUCGCCUGCAACGGCUACACUGGUGGUGUUCCCAAGGCUACCGGUACCGUAACCUCCAAGUCUUACAUCGAGAUCAAGGCUGGUCAGGUCUACGACGGAAAGUGGCAGCGAUUCGACCGCGGCUCUGGUGCCUGCGGUGGCCAGUCUGAGGGUGACUACAAGGACUCGGUCUUCUACAUCCAGGCUGGCGGUACCCUGAAGAACGCCAUCAUUGGCAAGAACCAAGCUGAGGGCGUCCACUGCAACGGGCACUGCACUCUUGAGUUUGUCUGGUUCGAGGACGUCUGCGAGGACGCAAUCUCCAUCAAGAACGACAAGGCUGGAACCCAGACCUGGAUCGUCGGUGGUGGUGCGUACCACGCCUCUGACAAGGUCAUUCAGCACAACGGUUGUGGUACCGUCAACGUGGUAAGUAUCGAUCAACUACAGUUUGCACAAUGCAAGACUCAGUGCAAGCGCAACCUGGCGGGAAUCAACCUGACCUACAAAGACACCGCCACCCUCAAGAACGUCUGCGCCGACGCCAAGACCAAGUGCCAGAUGUACAAUGGCUGUGCUGGUGGCUGCGAGCCCUCCAAGGCUGGCACCUGCUCCGGCUAA